GACAACGCCAUCCUCCCUCCCCGCGACGACGCCCAUUUCCCUCGAUCUCUGCAGAUCUUGGAGAUUUCGUGCGGAAUUAGUAGGGUCGACGAACGUUCGAAGUUCCUCUGCUCCGGCGGGACAGCGUUGAGCUGCACUCAAGAUCCACUAUCAGCUUGGUCAACUCUUAUACUGAUGCCGAUUGGGUUGGGUUGCGUUGGGGAAAACCCAAAUCGCUCGAAGAUACGGCGUUCCUGCGGUACAACUUAUUCGAAAGGCUCCCAAAAUUCCCCAAUUAAUACGGUGGAGGUUAGGUGUGACUUUUAUUCCUUCGUUUGGCCGCCAACUCUAUAAACUCUUUCUUGAUCUCUCUUGACGACCAUUUCCUAAAUCUAAACCCUAAUUUUGGACGAACUCGGGUCCUCUCUAGAUUCUUUCACUGAUUGUAGGAAUUCCGUUGAUCACAACCAGCUUGUGAGCAGCAUUAUUUUGGUAGUUUUUCCCCCCUCGCACUCAGGUGUUCUCUCUUCUGGUCUUAGUUUGGAGCAAAUCUAUUUGAGAUAUGGAAGCCUUAGGCACUGGAAUUCCCCAAACCAAGCUCUUGGGGUUUUGUCACAAGCAAAUUAAGCAGAGGUUAUUUCAUAAGAGGCAGGUUUCAAAAUGUGAUAUUGUAUCUGCAUUUCACAGUUCAGAUAAAGAGCACCACCACUCACUCUCUUAUAAUGCAUCGUCUCUAUAUAUUCCAUCUAAAGAAAGAAAAUAUUUGGGGAAAUCAUCUUACUCCUCUGAAGCGUGCUCUUUUGAUGAGAACAUGGCUGGAGCUUCUUCGACUACUGCACGUGAGAAGAUUGGUGUGCUGUUGCUGAACCUUGGAGGCCCAGAGACCCUUCAGGAUGUGCAGCCGUUUCUGUUUAAUUUAUUUGCAGACCCAGACAUAAUACGACUUCCAAGGUGGUUCCGCUUUCUGCAGCGACCAUUAGCCCAACUAAUUUCAGUUGUCAGAGCCCCAAAAAGUAAAGAAGGAUAUGCUUCCAUUGGUGGUGGGUCACCUUUGCGAAGAAUAACGAAUGAGCAGGCAGAUGCACUGAAACAUGCUCUGGAAAAGAAAAAGCUGCACACAAAUGUAUAUGUCGCAAUGCGUUACUGGUACCCGUUUACUGAGGAAGCCAUUCAACAGAUUAAGAGGGAUAAGAUUACGAAGCUUGUCAUUCUACCACUUUAUCCACAAUACUCUAUAUCAACAAGUGGCUCAAGCAUCCGUGUUCUACAAAACAUCUUCAGGGAAGAUGCUUAUUUUGAAGGAUUACCAAUCUCUAUUAUAGAAUCAUGGUAUCAGCGUGAAGGCUACAUCAAGUCCAUGGCUGAUUUGAUAGAGAAAGAACUAUUAAGCUUUUCAAACCCUGAAGAGGUUAUGAUAUUCUUCAGUGCACAUGGAGUUCCAGUCAGUUAUGUUGAAGAUGCAGGGGACCCCUACAGAGACCAGAUGGAGCAUUGUAUCCGUUUGAUCAUGAAUGAGUUAAAAUCAAGAGGAGUCACCAACCAACACACACUUGCGUACCAGAGCCGAGUUGGGCCUGUUCAGUGGUUGAAGCCUUAUACUGAUGAGGUCUUGGUGGAGCUUGGCAAAAAAGGUGUAAAGAGUCUUUUGGCUGUCCCCAUAAGCUUUGUAAGCGAGCACAUUGAAACUCUAGAAGAAAUCGACAUGGAGUACAAGGAACUGGCCUUAGAAUCUGGCAUUAAAAACUGGGGGAGAGUACCAGCUCUAGGCUGCACAUCUUCCUUCAUCACGGAUCUUGCUGAUGCUGUCCUCGAAGCUCUUCCUUCCGCUUCCGCUACCUCGAGAGCCAGAAGAGAGACUGAUGACUCUGACAAUGAUUUCAUGCAGUACGCAAUCAAAUUAUUUUUUGGGUCAAUCCUGGCCUUUCUCUUUCUUUUUUCACCAAAGUUGAUUUCUUCCCUUAGGAAUAACCUCCUAUGAUAAUUUUUAUAGAAGAUUGGUACAGAUUGAAGGAUAUAUCUUUUUC